AUGAAUGAAAAAUGUGAUGAAAUAAAAUUAAAAUACUAUACUUGUUUAAAUAAUAGCAAGAGAAACCCUAAAAAGUGUAAAAUUAUAGAAGAUGAACUAAGGGGAUGCUCCAAGAAGACAGGGGAAUCUUAUUGUAUAGAUGAAAUUAAUAAUCUUAUGAAUUGUUCAAGGUCACCUGAUCCUUCAUCAUGUGCUAAAGAAUUUGUUCUUUUCCGAGAAUGUAAUAGACCUGAUGGGCCACAUAUAGUCAUAGAAGAUAAUAAAUAUGUAAUUACAAAAGAACAUUUAGAUAAAUAUAAUGUUAAUGAUUCUAUAAUUGGAUCAGUGGAAGCACCUGAGAGAAAUAAUUCAAAUACAAUAUCUUUUUUAGAAAAAAUGAAAGCAACAUUACACUUAAAAAAUUUUAAAGAAAAAUUCGUUCCAUAUAAAUGGUAA